GAACGCUGCGAGAGUUCAGUUGCUCACGAGCAUCCGUCGACUGAUGAACAUGGCCUCUUACGCAUCGAACAGCGCGAGUGUCGUGCUCCGAACCGCUCUUCUCCUCGUGGCGGCGAUCGUGGCCCUCGGCGGGGCCAGCACGGCCGAAAACGGCCUCAAGGUGGACAAGUUGUACAUGCCCGAGGUAUGCGAUGUCAGGUCGAAGAAGGGCGACCAGCUGACCAUGCACUACACCGGCACGUUGCAGGACGGCAGCAAGUUCGACUCAAGCUUGGAUAGAGAUCAACCAUUUACCUUCCAACUGGGUGUAGGACAAGUCAUCAAAGGAUGGGAUCAGGGUCUCUUGGACAUGUGUGUGGGUGAAAAGAGAAAGUUGACGAUACCACCGGAACUUGGAUAUGGCGAGAAAGGUGCCGGAAACGUUAUUCCUGGUGGUGCUACUCUUACAUUCGAGGUUGAGCUCAUGAACAUUAGCGACUCACCACCAACUGCUAAUGUUUUCAAGGAAAUCGAUGCCGACAAAGACAAUCAGCUGUCCCGCGAGGAGGUGAGAGCAAUGGUGAGCGAUUACCUGCGAAAACAAGUGAUAGAAGCGGAGCAAGCUGGAGCCGGGGAAAAUGAAGAUGUGAAGAAAAUGCUGGCUGAUCACGAUAAACUCGUCGAGGAGAUCUUCCAGCACGAGGACAAGGACAAGAAUGGCUUCAUCUCCCACGACGAGUUCAGUGGGCCGAAGCACGAUGAGCUCUGAAGUCUUUGUCCCGCAUCAUCGCGUCUCCGAGCGCCCGUUGUCGGCGUCCUCGUCGAUCUUGCCGUCGACGACGCCGUCGCGCCCCGCGCCACCACGUGUUCACCUCUGUAUAAAAUCACCUCUUUGAGUCCCCUCUCGGGGAUUCCUGAAGGAUCCAUUGAUCGAUCGCCCCGGGCACACGCGUUCUGGAGCUCGC